CGCACAUAACCACGUGACCAUGUGAAGUAGGGAGUGUGGUGCUGUUUUCUUUUGAAGCGGUAAAUGACAUAAAUACUGAACACAUCGUUUAAAUGUAUAUCUAGACACACUAUAUCUGUUACGACAAUCGACUACAUAAUGUUGUAUUAUUGCAUAUGGCGGACGCCAUAAGACGAUCUAACUGAAUACAGCCACCUUCUAAUAUCGCACGGUAAUAAUAGCAAUCUGAUGUAUUUUAUUAUUAGGCCCAGAGCAUAUUUAUAUUGAGGGUUGUUUACAUAAAUGUUACGUGAAAAAGAAAGUGGGGAAAUCCGGUUACGGAUUUAGAGGAAACUCACCGACUUCCUGGUCUGUCGUGUGUUUACUUUGGGUAAAGAUUGACCUGAUCGCCGUUGUACAAACUCGGUACGCACAUACCAGGGGCACAAUGUGUAUGUGAUGAUUCGUAAAGAAAACGAUGCCUUUUGCCUCUGAGAACGUAACGGGAUGUAAACGUUGCAGGAAGAGGCAAAAAGCUUCACGGAUUUCGGAAGGAAGUCAAAUUAAUAUUUUCAAUAAGAUUCUUCAGUGUGGAAAUAUGUGAUAUCAACGUUUUACUUCCUACACAAACAAUGUACGUACUAAACGUGUCGAAUAGUCAAAUUAACUUUGAACAUGCAAACAUUGUCAGCAUAGAUCAAACAACCGAUCAGGAAGAACGAUCAAUAAGCAGUCAAAUUUCGGAAUACAGAAACCUAGCAGACAUUAUCCAGAACAAUGUGUAUAACUCUGUCCAAUCGCCACCAAGUGAUGCAUGUCUCACAGAAUGUAAAGAAUUCAUCGCCUACAGACUCCCUAAAUCACAAUAUAACGUUAAGUUCGCAAUAUAUGAAGGUCAGGCAGACACACUGAGGACCUCUAAGUGUCUCGACGAAGACUUAUGCAAUCAUCAUAUUUAUAAAUGUCUGGAACUUCUUGCGCCCUACACGUCCUUUCCAUGCAUUGCCCUGAUGAUAACAAGAUUCAGGUAUGCAGGCGCCUUCGCAGUUUGCAGACGAGUUGAGGAUGCUAUCAGAAAGGCUGAAAAGGGAAUGGAGAUACUGCGAGCGUUCUUAAAUAAGACAAGCAUGGCUCGAGUCAACGCAAGUUGUUUGUAUGGAUAUAUCAAUGUGCAGUUAGCAGGUUUCUGUGUAAGAUCAGAUGUGCAACAGAAAGAAAGCAUCCUGGAGUGGAUCGAGAAGGGACUGGAACAAGGGAAAGCUAUCACAGAGAGUGAAGUGUCCAAUAUGUGGAUGAGAAUGUUUCUGGUAAAGAAAACAUGUUGUCUGCUGAGAAUCGGUCUCUCAGGUGAAGAUAUCGACCCAGAUAAGGACGAUAUCAGCCGUGAGGACAGAGAAAGAGCUAGACAGUGUCUGGAAGAAGCUGAAGAAUACCAUUGGACAAAUACAGAUAAGAGGAGGCGUAUGUUGUGUAAACGGGCCAAGGCGAAGCUCCACUUUCUUGAUGGGUACAAAAUGGCAGCGCAGGAAUAUUUAAGACAAGCAAUACGCCUUGCAAAGGGAUUUAAACGCGAGGAAAAAAGCUACUUGUUUGUUCUUCAAAAAUGGACCACAUGACAGUCAUAUAUCUUCGCGAUAAUCAUUGACUUGUAAACUGGCGGAGAAAAACUUCAGCUAAACUGUGCAAAAUUGUGUUCUUGUGUCUAGAGAUAUUCACUGAUCUAAAUUUGAUGAGAAAUAUUUCCAGCAUACUCCUCAGACUUGAUCCAUGUGUAAAUCUUCCUAUCUGUGAUAUUUAUCCUUUUUCUUUUUUUAAACUGAUUUUUUUUUUAACUUAUUCUUUUUAAACAUUGGUUAAAUAUUUUGGUCUGUGAUACAGACAUGGUUUUACAUUUUAAAUUAUUAAAUUAUUCUAUCUGGUUGUUUAGUCGAAGAAAUCACUACAUCAGCAUGUUGUAUUUUCACAAACUAGUCACAUUUUUAUUAUUGCAAAUUAUAUUUGAUGAUGAUUGAAAUUUAACUCUUAUGUCGAGUUCAUAUCAUUGAAAAAUUAGAAAAAUAUUGCUGAAGCAACUGUUGUAUUGCAGUUCGUCAGUGUAUUAUUAUGAUUCGUUCGAAAUUGCACACCAGUUCGCCUUAGGAAUUAAAAAUUCAAACAUAUACCACGGUGGAUUCUUUUAACAUAGUUAUCUUCUUCACAUACUUCUAGAAAUAAGGAGAAAUAUUUAAGUGGAUUCAAUACAUACAUUUUAUGUAUGUUUAAAAUUAUCGCGUGUAAGUUUUGUUUCUGGUGUCCUGUGCUGGUUACUGAAUGGAAAAGGUUGAGAAAUAGUCCAAACUAUCUUUAAAGACUUCAAAGUAUCCAAUACCAAAGAAUGCCUAAGGUAUUUCAGAAGGUGUUUCAAGAUUUGAGAAGACCAUUAAAAUUGAAGGUGUGUUUGUUCAUAAUACUAUGAGAUAAUUAGUAUCUGUAGUGAAUAUGAGCUUUCUAGAUCCAAAUGUAUAUUAACCCUGAUCAAUUAUUUAUAUUAUAAGAAGAAUGUAAUUAAGACCAAACAGUAGCUAUUCGCUAUACUCUACUUAUGUUUUAUGAUGGUACAGAAUACAUCUCCAGCACACAGGAAGGCAUACACACAUAUGGAAUUAUUACCCAGGUGCCCUAUGACUAUUAGUAACCGCCUGAUAAGGCAGCUCCUGCAAAUUCCUGAAAAUUGUAUUGAUUAAUGUUAUUUACUGUAUAUGUUAAUUGUAUUGAUUGUAUAACUUGUACAUAUGUGUACUGUUAAGCGCUUUGGGGAUGCUUAUCUAGCUAGAUAGGGCGUUUUGUCAAAUUUCGUAUAUUAAUUUCUUCAUUAGAUAAACUGCAGCGUCACAUUUUGUAUCUAUUUUUAUACUGGUGUAUUCAUAAGUGAUUGCAUUCUUUGUUUGUAGCAUACACUACUUGUAGUUGUUAUUUAUUGGGAUACAUAUCUGUGAGAUCUAGCCUCAUGAUUUUCUUAUUGGACUUGCCCAAAUGUUGAAAGCUAGUUAUUUAUCUAGGUAAUUGGUCUCAUCUACGUUUUGUAAAUAAGGUUCAGGAGUCACUAGAAAACAAUAAACCCUACAAAAAAAAUCACGAAGUAUAGAAAACAAACAGCGCGUGACGCAGACGUGCUUGUACACUAAUGACAUAUAUAAUGCACAGCUUAUUUCACUAGAUUAUACAAUGCUUGGCAAGGCGAAGGUUACCUAAAAUAGAAGAAAGUUAUUACUUUACAAAAGGGAACAAAAAAGCUUAAAUGAAUAGGUGUGCUAUAUAUCUGUAUCUACAAUUUACAUUUCUGACUAUAUGAUACCAUCCUUUUUUGCUGCGAAAUAUAAGUGUUUUGCAAAAAAUGUAGUUGUAACUAACGAAAUAAUAGCAUGGAAAUUUAGCACUUACAGAUAAAUGUACUUAGUUAUAAAUGUUUAUUUUUAGAACGGAUUUGUAAAAUCGAUGCAUCUAAAACUUGUUUAACAUAAGUUGAGUCUUAGUGUCCAAGAUGUUACAUUUCACAAUCAAAACUUCAAACUUUAUUGAUAUGUUUUGUUUGUUUCGGUUUUAAAUCAUUAUGAUGAAAACACAUACUGUUUGAGUUAUAAAUAUGAUGUCAAGUGGACAAUGCUUAUACAACUGAUUUCGAUAGUUUGUUAUGUUGUAAGCCGUCAUGUUUAUAAACAGUUAUUGCAGUUGGAAUACCACGUGAUUACGAGAUCAGUGUUUUCAUUAAAUUAAAUCUGGGUCGCAGUACAAACACACACUAACACGAUCCAAUAUAUGUGUAUUUUCUUUGACAUUGACAAACGUAAUCACACUGUAGAUAAUUUUAUAACCUGACGUAGUUAUACGCUGUGUAUGAGGGCUUAUAAAUAGACUUAUUGCCACACAUUGCUCUGGAACAUUGCCAGCUGGCUAGUAAAACCUAGUUCUGGUGUGUAGUUUUGUCGCAGCGUGUCAUUAACUUGGAGUAGCAAGAUUUGACUGAUAACUGUAUGAAUGGCAGAUAUUUGUGUGUCUUUUAUUAAAGACUUUCUUUUCAUAUCAUUUAUUUAUAUGCAAGAGAAUAAUAAAAUAAACACAAAAAGACUAAUUCUC